AUGUUCAAUAUAUUUUAUUUGAAAGAAUGUGUUUUGUUUUCUAUUGAUUCUUCAUGAGAAAUGCAUCAAGCUGACCCAGGCCUAAAAAAAAGACUGCAUCGGGACCCAGUGCAGUGGUUUUGACAGUCCCAUAUGACUACAUUUACCAAAAUCCAAAGCGAAGUGGCGGUAUAUGUCAGACGAGUUUGAAGUGGACGGAGUACAGGGCUUAACAUGUCUCUCGAGGAGGCUAAAAAGAGAUGAAGGCUUGGAAAAGUUUAAUAUUUUCAGAAGGAGUUGGGUAAUUGGUUAAGGGAGGAGGAUUGGAGGGAAAGAGAGCGGAGGUUGAAAAGACUGAGGGAGGCAGAGGAUGGGUGUGAAUCUGUUGAAGCCAGUAAUAACAACGGGGAAGAUUGGUGUCAAGUUCAAACAGAGUGAGCUGGAUGACAGUUUAAGUUCUGGAGGUGAAAUGGAAAGGGUAGAAGGUGUUGUGAGGAGCUUGGCGCCCGAGCCUUGCAUUGAUGGACAUGGUUAUGAUAAAGAUAAGUUUGGUCCAGUGCGAGAGAUAUUUUUGAAGAGGGUGGAACCAGGACUUUUGGCUGAUGCAUGGGUGGUUUCAGGUUGGGUGGAAUAGAUGGUGGGUGCUGUUGAGUCGGUGAAGGUAACCCAAAUUGGACUUGUGAUGUUUGUGAUCAGAGGGAGCAGGUGCUCCGUGCAACGCAACUCGGGGAAAGAUCUGUAUCUUGCUUUGUGUUUAGGUACAAGGCACCAUUGACGGGAGGGAUUUCUGGGGUAGCGUUAAGUGUGGAGGUUAAGCAAUUUAAGAGGAAGAUUCGUGGUGUUUGUGACGCCCGCCAUCUAGUGCGACGCAGAUCCGGUGGGGAGCGUGGUGAAACAGUCUGUUCUUUUGAGCUUUGAUUCAGUCUUUACCUGACAAAGUAAUGUCACGAUAUAUGAGUUAUUCUGUUAGAGCUUUUGUGCCGAAUAUACUGCGGUGUUAUAGGUGCUACGUUUACGGGUGUGUCGCAGCAGUGUGUAGGAGGGAGAUUCCAAGAUGUAGAAAGUGUGCAGGAGGACAUGGGACAGAGGAAUGUGUAGUUUUGGUGGGAAAAGUUGUGUGUGUCAACUGUAGGGGUACCCAUGUUGCUGGGGAUCGGAGGUGUCCGGUGCGAGAAAGGCAGGUUAAGGUGGCCAGGGUCAGAGUAGUGAAGAAGAAGUCGUAUGUUGAGGCAGUGAAGAAAGUAGAGGGUGGAUUAAGGGUGAGGGAUUCUGAGAGGAUCCCUGUCAAUAGUAGAUCUGUGCCAGAACAGAGGGAUAGGCCAAUGAGUUACAUAUGUUUCAGUAAGGUGGGUUUCUUAGUGUUCAUAGCAAUGGUUAUCAACUGUACUGCAGAGAUGGAACAUAAGUCACAGAAAAUAGAUGUUGUGGUCAGUGUUGCCAACUCAUUUUCAUGGACCUGCUGUCCCUCACACCUCUAGAGGUGAUGCGCCUCGCGGGGCAGAGUUACCAACAGGUGUUGAUGCUACUUCAGUCAGUCAGCAAGGCCUGUGCCCCCUCAAUGACCACGGCAUUGGAGGUGUGGAAGCAGAGGGCUGACCUGUGUUUCUCCACAUCCCUACCUGCCCUGGACAGACUGCUUCAGGGAGGGCUACCACGGGGGACACUCACAGAGGUGACUGGCCCCUCAGGUUGUGGGAAGAGCCAGGUGUGUAUGAUGCUCAGUGUGCUGGCCACUCUGCCAAAGUACAUGGGUGGCCUCGACAGUGGAGUUAUCUACAUAGAUACAGAGGCAGCUUUUUCAGCGGAGAGGUUAGUGGAGAUUGCUCAGAGCAGGUUUCCAGACUACUUCUGUGAGAAGGAGCGUGUGUUGGAGAUGGCUGGACGUGUCCACCUUUUUCAGGAGCUCACGUGUCAGGAUGUCCUGGACAGACUGGAGAGGCUGGAGGAGGACAUCAUCUCCUCCAAGGCUGGGUUGGUGAUUCUUGACUCGGUGGCCUCAGUGGUGAGGAAGGAGUAUGACACAACACUUCCUGGGAACCUCAGUCACCGCAGCAACCUGCUGGGCCAGGAGGCUGCCACCCUCAAAUACCUGGCUCAGGCCUUUCACAUCCCUGUGGUCUUGACCAACCAGAUCACGACGCAUGUGGGCGAUCGAGGAGAGAGAGGCGCUGCGUCAUUCAGGGGAGCAUCCGAUGAGAGGGAUUCUGGGUAUGUGACGGCGGCGCUGGGGAACACAUGGAGUCAUAGCGUCAACACCCGCCUCAUUGUCCAGUAUGUAGAUGCACACCAAAGACAGAUUGUGAUAGCGAAGUCACCUGUGGCCCCAUUUGCUGUUCUAAACUACACAGUCCAGAAGGAGGGUAUCCGUCUAGAGGAUGUGCGGACCAGAAACCCAGUGACAACACUCGGGUCUGUAGCUGUCAUUUCCCGGCGGGAAAGAGAAAUGAUCAACCACACCCUCAGCAAUUCUUCCCGGUCUACCUCUGGUCCCUGUCUCAUCAUCUUGCACCUCUGUCCUGGAUUCCCCACUCUACUACUCCCUUCGAUUCCCCUCCGGACCUGCUUACCCUGUCUCAACCCCCUCGCUCCAGCCUCAGCCUCCGCACCUGGUUUCCAGCAAGUCGCCCAAGCUUCCCCUAACCUGCACUCCAUCUCCCCCCUGUGUUUCAAUGAAUACCUUGUUUACUUCAUCCCAGUCUCCUCGUCUGAGUCUGCUCUUGGGUUCCCCUGUUCCACUCCGCGUAACAGUGCCUGUGCAGAUGUAUGCAUGUUCAACUAGUUUACCCUAAUGUUCAUGUUACACUGGCACAGAUCAACUGUUGUUCAAACUGUAGAAUAGAGUAUAAUUGAUUUCGUUUUUUGUCUUUAAGGCAAUAUCAUGUGGUGCCUGGGCUUCUUCCUGCAUUAGAAUCUAGAUACAGAAACAGAAUUCCUUUGCCUGUGUGUCAUUGUAGCAGGACUGUAUCCCAUGAAAUGUAUCCCACUCAAGCAGAUUACUCAUGAGAAGCUGAAUGGCAGCACUGCCAUAACACUCCUCCCACAGUUUUAGAAGUAUUCCCUGAACUUACUGUGUUUUUUUCGAAUGACAGUUUCAUUAUGACCUCUCCCAUCAUCUGCUGAUCACCAGUUAUCGUAGUUAAAGAUUCUUACACCAGAUUUAACCAAAGAUUUUUGGUAUCCAUUACUGGGAUUUACAAGAUAGGUACUGUUUGGUUUAGCACAGAGAAUUUUCAACCAACCUUACUGAUGCCGUCUUUGUCUUAAUUCAGGGAAACAGGAGUCUCAUAAAAUGUCUGUGUCCAGUUGCAGGGGGUCAGUUUGAAUUGCUCCGUUAUUAAAACAAAAAUGGUUUUGCUCCAUAAGUAAUCCAACAAUAUGUGCGCCUCCAUCAUGUGUAUUUCGAGUUUUCUCACUCAUUGAUCGAGACUAAGUCUCUGCCAUCAUGACACAAAGCACUUUGAGGAGGACACCCACAUGUCUCAAUCAAUGAGAGAAGACUUGAAAUAGACAAGAUGUCUGCAAAAAUCUUUCGGUAAAUAACAAUACCUCAUGUAACCAGGGGUGAAAGUAAGGUGGUAUGCUAAAACGUCGGCCUAUCACAAUUAAUACAACAUACCAUUAUUUAACAUUACUGUAUGUCAGCUGCAUGAAAAAUGUGCGAAUUGACUGGAAACUGGGUGGUAUACGCUCCAAAUUGGGUUGUGGUUUGAGGAGCACACUUACAUUUUAUCAAGGCGGGAAAAAAAUUAAAUUAGAAAAUUAAAAUCUAAAUUAUUUCGCAGUGCUUGCUGCAAAUACCAAAUAGAUGAGUGUUGAGUUGCGACUGUCAGUGAAAAGCAGAGACCCAGCCAGGCAUAUCGCAAUAUUUAAAAAUACAAUCACGAAAAACUGUUUGGAAAGCAAAUGGCUAUUGCUGUAAGAGUUGACAUGAAAAGACUCCAUUUUGUCUUUUAGUUAUCAAAAUUCGUAAUUUAAUUCAGCCAAGAGUAGCCUAUCUUGUUGGCACCAGGGGAGAACAUCGGCCGUAUUGCCGGUGAGUGUGCAUAUUCACUGUCUUUAUCAUUGGGUCGGUGCCACUUUUGUUUGUUUGUGGGCAAUAAUUUCCUCCUCCAGGUUAGAUGGAUGUCAUAUUGUAUUUGUGUCACCCCUUUUCGUAGGACCAUUAUAUGGAUCAGACAACAUUGUUUUUAAUGAUC